AUGUCUGUUGAGAGCCCUGGUCCUAGUCACCAGAAGUCUGGAUUCAGAUCCCUCUUUGCAAAUGCACUUCGUCCUAAAAAAUCCCGUCAGACUCUUCGCAAGUCCAGCGUCAAUAGAUCAACUCCAGACCUACGAUACGCCGCACGAGCUAGCACCGAUGAGGGACCACCCCCAAUGCCCGAGUUGGCACCUCUCCAGGCUCAUCGGCUGAAAUACCAGCAGCAUCAUGCACAGCUCGACUCUCAAUUAGGUGAACGGCGCGAUUAUACGGCGAUGAUCCAUACCCUGGGCCUACUGGAUCCAGAUGACCGAUACCUACCGGCUCAGAUAGACAAUGAUCGACGUGAGCCUGGUGAGCCCGAUAUGGAGAAACUCUCCCCAGAGCUCUGGACUCGCAUUGCCAGACUAUUAAACCCAGCAGAUGCCGCAAGUCUGGCGUCCGCCAGCCGGACGCUAUAUCAAAAACUGGGCAAAGCCCCAUUUGCAGCUUUGCGACACCCCGACAACUACACCUACCGAAUCAACUUCCUCAUCCGACUCGACCAGUCUCUCCCUCACCAUCUCCUCUGCUUCCCCUGCGGACGAUAUCACCGAAGAACACAAGAAGGCCUCGAGCGCCUCAAACCAUCACAUGUCAUCAACCCUCUCUUCACCUGCCCCCACGCACAAAACCCGCUCAACCCACAACCCCGAAGCCGCAUCACCCACGGCCGCACGAUCCCUUUCUCCUUCGUCCAACUCGCCACGCGCGCACACUACUACGGCCCUCAAUACGGCCUCCAAGCAACCGACCUCGGCCGCCGCUGGGAACGUGACGGCUGGUCACACACCUCACGCUUCCACAUCCACGAAGGCCGCCUCCUCAUGCGCGUCGCCAGCCAGACCUUCGCCGCAGCCGGUCUGACUUCAUCCGCCCAACGCAUGCUCCUAUACUCCCGCGAAGACUACUGGCCAUUCUUUUCCGCAUGCGCCCAUUGGCGCGACGGCGAACUCAUGCCCGCCUGUAAAUGCGCCCUCGAACAUAUUCCCAAACCCCGCGAAACAGCCGGUCUCCAGGGUCUCGAGCACAAGGUCAAAGACCGCAUUAGCGGCACCCGGUUCGAUCCCAACUCCAUCGUCACCUUGUGCGGAUUCUGUCGGCCCAUGCGUCGGUGUCCCGAAUGUCCCUCGGAAUACCUGAUCGAGAUCAAGCUUGCCGAGGACAAGUCCCAUAUCCGGGGAUCUGUGUUCAAACAGGCUCUUGUCGUCACCCGCUGGACGGAUCUGGGCGAUGGGACGAGUCCGGCUGGACCGGAGUGGGGCGCGAUUAACGGGCUAAAGGACGAUUACGAUUCCUUUUCCCAUUCACAUUAUGCGAAACGAGGGAUUGCCAGUAUUUUCGAAGCGGCAUUUACCGCAGAUACUUUGCCGGGUCAGCGGGUCAUUUCAAUGAAUCCGAAGAGGAAGAAGUUGGGUGAGCGUGGUCACGGAUGGUACUGA